AUGGCAAGGCAUCAAGGAGGCUUCUUGCAUUAUGACGACGGCGAUAAAGCUCUUUGCUCCGAACCCUUGCCUGCUCAAUACCAGCUUCGAGUGCCGCACUUGAACGUGCACAAGAAAGUCUCUUGCGACACUCGAACCGCCUCAACGACUGAGCGCUUUGAAGACACUUACGACUCCCUGGAAACGCUCGACCAGCCAACUUCCAAGCUGCUUACAUGCCCCGACAUUUUCGAAUCGCAUCUAAAUGAUGCUGUAGACUACAGAAGAAACUUCAAGCGAAAACUGCCUUCCGUCAGCGAGUCGUCUCUGGCAUCGCGUCUCUCUGCCGUCUCAGCCAAUCCAACGGUGCACAAAUUCAGCCAAACGCUGCUCGAAAUGAUCGCUGCCGUCAAUCAAAAGAGGGACGCCUUGGAGAGCAAGUUGAAGCGGAAAGAGAGAGUACAGUGGGACACGCGGUUGGUCACAACAACUGAGAAUGCAUACGACGUUCUCUGGUAUCCUGUAACUUUGGUGGCGAUCGCAGUCGUACUUCCUUUGGUAUACGCAGCUCGUCGUCGAGACUGACUCGAAUCAUCAACUGAUAUUUCAUGGAACUGCAUGAAAAAUGAAGAGUGAAGCAGAAAAGCUCUAGUCAUGCAUUUUUCGAGAGCCAUUUGUUGUUAACCUGCCUUUCGUUCCGCGAUAUUGUCUUGCGUUUCGUUUUUAUUGUAAGGUCAAAUAUUUAACCUGCACUUUUGAGAAUUUGGUCCUGAGGUGGGAAAAAGCGUAAGUGAAUAAAAAUGUAAAGAAUUCCAGCUGGAAAUUUUUUUAUUAAAGAAGCCAAUGAAUUAAAUAUGAACAAAAAAUAAUAAAAUUACGUAUUUUCACUGAUUCUGCACAUACAUCCACUGAUGCUUUUAUGUACAGUGAAACCAAGCCAAUUCGAAGAAAUACAGGUGGACUCCCCCCACGA